AUGCCCGAUAUCUUCAAAGACUCAGAGUAUUGGACAACCGACAUGGAAGCACAGGUUGAGGGCCUCAUGGAAACCGCAAUGGGUGUAGCAGUGGUGAUAGGGAAGUCUACGCUUUCCCGCGAAGAAAUAGUGCACCACGUAGCGGCUGAACGCCUCAAGCAAUCAAGUCUUAGCGUUCAACUCGAGAUUCAGAGAAAGAGGGAGCUUUAUUACAAGGAGGACUUGGAGAAAUGGGACAAGAAAUUCAAAUGGGAACCCGCUGGGACCGAAGACGCUGAAGAAUUCGCCGUUGAAGUCAACGCUCUUCUAAAGAAAGUUGCAUCGUACGUUGCGAGAAAGUGCUCCGGCGUCUGCGUAUGGUAUACAUUUGGGCCCGAGAACAUUCAUCAGGCAACGGGAACUUGUGGUCAUAUCGGCGGGCGUCGGGCCAGCUUACACUCCGAUGAGAUUACGCAGAACACAGACUCCGAUCUCGUGGCCCACAUCUCAGCGCAAGCCGAAUUACUCAUCAAAGUGGAGUAA